UUAGCCAUAACAAAAAGGAAUUCUUAACAUAUCAUACCUAUUGUUAAUUUGUGUCAUAUUGUAUGAAUUGCAGUUCGUAACGUACCAUACGAAAUAGAUGACAUGUACAAAUUAAUACAUACCAUAUGUAACAUAUACUAAUUUGAGUGUCCCAGAUUUACUAUGUAACGUCUACCUGUGAGUCCAGGUUGGUGUGCAACACCGUUUGUCUCUCUCUCUAUCCCUCUCGCUCUCUGUGUGUGAGAGAAAGAGAGAGCGCUCUAGGACAUGUUGUGGCAUGUAAUGAGUAAUGAGUUCACGUUAGUGUGCAUAGUAUGAGACAAACUGUGAGAAUUUUUAUUAUUAUUGUGGACCCUAAUUGACUGAUUACUCAUCAUACAUCUAAUAAACCUGUUAGUCCCCUCACUGAGAAGGUUUUGUCCUUUUUCCUCUUAUCCAGCCAUCCAGGAGAAGCCAUGCAGAAAGCACAUCAUGAAGCCGCCUUUGAACCACCAGGAUACGAGGAAAGAGAGCCUGCCUAUUGGAACCCUGGGGACCAGCAUCAGCAUGGUAGAGAGUGACCUCUUACUGGAGUCCUUGACUGGUUUUGCCUUGGUGGUGGGCACAGAUGGGUUGAUAUUCUACGUCUCUACCUCCAUUGUUGACUACCUGGGCUUUCAUCAGACGGAUGUGAUGCAUCAGAAUGUAUUUGAUUAUAUACAUGUGGAGGAGCGGCAGGAGUUCAGAAGACAGCUCCACUGGGCCAUGAACCCCGGGUCCCAGGGGGCCUCCCUGGACCAGCACUCGGCCACAGUAACUGAUGAUGACUUUGUGAUGAGCAGUCCCUUUAACGCCCUGGAGCCUGACGGUGUUCCUCUAGAGCUCACCUCUUUCCUGACUCGCUGUUUCAUCGCCCGGGUCCGCUGCUUAUUGGACAGCACCUCAGGCUUUCUGAGCAUGCAGUUCCAGGGCAGCCUGAAGUUCCUGCAGGGCCAGAAGAAGAAGACAGAGUCCGGGGCACUGCUGCCCCCCCAGCUGGCCCUGUUCUGUGUGGCCGUUCCCCUCAUGAUACCCUCCAUCACAGAGCUGAAGAUGAAGAACAUGACGGCCAGGAGCAAGAACAAGGGCCCCGUCAUCACCACACUGGAUAAGCACAGCACUACCAGAGAACCCUGCCACUACACCCCAUGGACACCCCUCUCCAAAGACGGCACCAGGUACAAGAACGACAGCUACUACACCCAGGAGGAGCCCCUGAACUUCUGCCUAUCCUCCAUGAGUGGUGGGCCCAAACCUCAGAGCAUGGAUCAUCCAUGGGACAUCCGCACAGGGUCCGCCAUGCGAAAGGGCCCCAGCGGCACCUACACACCAGGCAGACAAAGCAAGUACAAUCACCUGGGGAAGACUAGAUCCUACAGGAUGUCUCCAGGAUAUCACGCUAACAGACAGGACGCAUCUCAGAACAAGCUGUACGGAGGCCUCCACAGCCCUGAGGUGGAGAGCUACUGUGAAGAUGGCAUGAAGACAGACAACAGGUACAUGGGCGGCCAUCUUGACUGUUACAAUGGCAUGGUGUUGCCUGAGACGGCCAUAAAAACAGAGCAGGACUCUGACUCAGAAAACGGUUGCAAUAUCUACGGCAUGCCCCAAAAUAGAGCCUGGGUUGGGAACGAAAAGCGCUACAUGGGCUACUCAGAAGAACCACAGGUGAAGUCAGAGGCUGACUACUAUGAACAAUACACCACCUGCCAAAAGAACAAGACCAACAUGAGCCCAAUGCUCAAUGGACACCAUAAAUACUUAUAUACAGUGGGGAACAGGGCUCAGAAGGAUCACAGGAUACCACACUCAGACUCUCUGUGUAGCAGUCAGGGAGAAAACUGUAUGGACAUCAGUGUAUAUGGCUACAUGGAGCAAGACAACAAACUGAACUAUGAGUUCAGGAAUCACCUGGUCCACGCUAUAAAGAGGGAACCCAUGGACUCACCUCCAUGGUAUGACAGUGGCCAUGACAUUAGCCAAAUACCCAUGCAGAGAAAUAUGAUUCCCAACUCGUCAAUGAAUGCUAUUGUAUACAAACCAAACCCAUAUAUCUACAUGCAAUGAGCUCAAGGGACAAUCUUAAAAACCAUCUGGACUCCACCUUGCUUCUUUAUUGUAUUGAUUCUUAAAAUAGCAGGGUGGGUUUAUACUCAACUCAGGUAAUCAACAGUGUUACAAAGCAGAAAGAUAUGGAAGCAAUGGAGAGAUGUUUUUAUAUGACAUGAAUAUGACAUGCAGAACCUACUGCAAUUCACAUGAGUUCUACAUUUGUUUUUUAACACAUUUCAUAACUUCUCGUUUUUAAACCAACCAAACCAAGCCCGUCAUGUCAAAUUAACUGUAUUUCUAUUCAAUGCAUUUUACAGCAAAUGGAACAGAAAAUACAUGCAUUGAUUAAUUAAAUUGGGGGCUCCUGAGUUGCGCAGCUGUCUAUGGCACUGCAUCACAGUUCUAGAGGCAUCACUACAGACCCUGGUUCGAUCCCGGGCUGUAUCACAACCGGCUGUGAUUGAGAGUCCCAUAGGGCGGCGCACAAUUGGCACAGCG